CUGUCAACAAACUAAAACAGCUACGAAUCGACAACUUGGACUAUCUUCACGCAUGAAGUGCAACAUGCAUUACUAUCGGACUUGAGACAGAAUGGAGACGUGUUACUGAUUUUUUUAAACAGCGUUUAGGACCGAAAGCGAACUCCCGUCGUGAUUGUUGACUUAGUUGCUUGAAAGCUAGCUAAGUUAGCAGGAGAGCGUCUGUAACACAGGUUAACUGGUUAAGCAGCCAGUCUAGCUCUGCUAGCUACAACUUUUGUCAUUCUCCUAUCUGAGGUUCCAGCCAGCAAAGCGUUUGGACAGUUCGGCGCCUCCCCAGCUUCUCGCCAUGGCUGACAGCAGCAUAGUGACUUUAGGGACAGCUCGGAGUCUGCUGGUGGAUUCUUCAGUCUAUGAUUCGAGGAUCGCCGAAACCACUAAGGACCAUGUAUUUCUGGGCAUGGCAUGUGAAGACGGGGAAGAUAUGCUGCCAAAAGUGGAGACCCGGGUUGUUCUGGUGGGAGAAGCGGGCAGAAAUGGAGCUCUGGUCAAAGCCCUGCAGGCCAUCAGAGUAAUGGAGGUACCGGUGGUAAAGAUAAGAGGAGGCGAGGCGGGUGCCGAAGAGAAAAUGAUGAUUAAAUCUAUAGUCAAUAUGGACAUCAACACUCCGUGCAUAAUGACAGACAACAUCCAGGAGAUCGGCGACGGAGAGAAUACUGAUUUCGAGACGGUGUUCGUCCUCACAGACUUUGAUUCGCCAGACUACAGCUACCUCUACAAACGUGACAACCGCAUCGUCGGCCCUCCUGUAGUGCUGCACUGUGCUGCGAGGGAGGAACCUGUCCCGUUUUCAUGUCGUCCUCUGUACUGCACCACUAUGCUCAACCUGUCGCUGUGUUUCACUGGCUUCAGAAACAAAGAGGAAAUGAAGAACUUGGUAAAUCUGGUUCAUCACAUGGGUGGAACCAUCCGGAAAGACUUCAGCACCAAGGUCACUCAUCUCAUCGCCUACUCCACUCAUGGAGAGAAAUACAGGCUGGCAGUGUGUAUGGGGACACCCAUCCUCACUCCAUUAUGGAUUCAUAAGGCCUGGGAGAGAAGAGACGAUGUGUCAUUACAUGCGGGAGAAGAGGUGUUUCGAACAGAGUUCAAAGUGCCUCCAUUCCAGGACUGCAUCCUCAGCUUUUUGGGUUUCUCAGAAGAAGAGAAGGCCAACAUGGAGGAGAGGACUCUCAAACACGGUGGCAGCCACCUCGAGGUGGGAGACGAGAGGUGUACACACAUGGUGGUGGAGGAAAACUCAGUGAAGGAUCUUCCGUUUUCUCCCUCCACGAAACUCUUUGUGGUCAAACAGGAGUGGUUCUGGGGAAGCAUUCAGAUGGACGCUCGAGCCGGAGAGUCCAUGUACCUCUAUGAGAAGAACGACAGCCCGGCCAUGAAGAAGGCGGUGUCUCUCCUCUCCCUCACCACCCCCAACAGUAACCGUAAGCGAAGGCGUCUGAGGGACACGCUGGCUCAGCUCACCAAGGAGAGCGAGAUCUCCCCCUUCCCUCCGCCACGCAAAAGGCCUUCAGCAGAGCACACCUUGUCCAUGGGUUCUUUGCUGGACAUCUCAAACACCCCCGAGACAUGCAAGGCCUUGGCAGAAGACACAGUAGGGAACAGAUCAGGAAGACAAGGUGAUGAUACUAUGACCAGGAAUACAAGAAGGAGAAGCAGGCAGAUGAGGAUUAGGACAGACAGGAAUGAGAGGAGGAAAAGGUCCUACAGGAGUUCAGGUUCUCUUCGACAACUAGAGGAGGAGCAGCCAGGAACUUCUGCAGAGAGCUCCAAGCCAUCCAAGAGUUCCACCCCAGUCCUGUCCAAGCAGUCAGCCAGGUGGCAGGUCUCCAAGGAGCUCUACCAGACAGAGAGCAACUAUGUGGACAUUUUAAAAACCAUACUACAGCUUUUCAAGAUUCCACUGGAGAAAGAGGGGCAGGUGGGAGGACCAAUCCUGGCCCAGGAAGAAAUGAAAACAAUAUUCGGUUGCAUUCCAGACAUCUACGAGGUUCACACCAGGAUAAAGAAUGACCUGGAGGAGAUGCUCAGUGACUGGUCAGAGGAUAAGAGUGUAGGAGACAUCAUCCUCAAAUAUUCUGAAAAGUUGGUGAAGGCCUACCCACCAUUUGUCAACUUUUUUGAAAUGAGCAAGGAGACCAUUGUCAGAUGUGAGAAACUAAAGCCGCGAUUCCACGCUUUUCUCAAGAUCAACCAGGCCAAGCCGGAGUGUGGCAGACAGACAUUAGUGGAGCUGCUCAUCAGACCUGUGCAGAGACUGCCGAGCGUGGCUCUUCUUCUUAACGACAUAAAGAAGCAUACGUCAGAUGACAACCCAGACAAGAUAACCCUGGAGAAAGCUAUCGAGUCUCUGAAAGAAGUAAUGACUCACAUCAACGAGGACAAGAGGAAGACUGAGGGUCAGAAGCAGAUCUUUGAUGUGGUUUAUGAGGUGGAUGGCUGUCCUGCCAACUUGCUGUCCUCUCAUCGCAGUCUGGUUCACAGAGUAGAAACGAUCGCUCUGGGAGACCAGCCAUGUGACCGUGGUGAAAAUGUCACACUCUUCCUCUUCAACGACUGCCUCGAGAUUGCGAGAAAGCGACACAAGGUGAUCAAUACAUUCAAGAGUCCGCUGGGACAGACGAGACCGCCGCCCCCGCUCAAACACAUCGCCCUGAUGCCGCUGUCCCAGAUACGGAGAGUGCUGGACCUGCAGGACACAGAGGAAUGUGUGAAUGCCUUCGCCUUGGUCGUGCGCCCUCCGACUGAACAGGAGAACUUAUUGUUCAGCUUCCAACUGGCCGGAGAGGAAACAGUUAAAAGCGCCUGGCUGCGAACACUUUGCCGCCACGUCGCCAACACCAUCUGCAAGGCUGACGCGGAGGAUCUGAUUCAAUGCACAGACCCAGACUCACUGCAGGUCAGCACUAAGGAUAUGGACAGCACCCUGAGCAAAGCCUCCAGGGCCAUCAAAAAGACCUCUAAAAAGGUCACGAGGGCGUUUUCUUUCACUAAAACCCCGAAGCGUGUGAUUCAGAGGGCCUUCCUGGCCAACACUACUCCAGAUGAGAAAAGGCUGAGCUGCGAACACCGCGUCGGCAGCAGCUCCACACUGGCUAUGUCUCGCUCUGCCUCCACGUUCAGUUUGAACGAUUCUGGCAAGAGCAGUGCCGUGGUGCAGCGCUCUAACUCUCUGGACCACCCUCCGGUCCGAGCAAGGGUCCCCGUGUGUAUACGUACCCCCUGCAGCCCGGCCAAAAACCCCAACCAUAGCCCCCGCCCCAACACUGCCCCUCAGAGCAACCAAGGCCUUGCUGCCAACUAUUACCCCAAGGUCCAAGAACCCAAGUCCACUCUUCACGCUCCAUUACCAACCCAACCAGCAAAACAUCAGUCCACCUCUUCAACCGCUCCCACCUCCACUUCCACUCCAUCUGCCCGAAACUCCACCCAACUCAACUCUAAAAGCUCUCAGCCGAAAUCUGGCCAGUGCACAUCCAGACACCUGCCCUCUGUAGGGUUCCAGCCGAGGGGCCCGGCUCCUCGUACUGUCGAUGUCAAAGACAGAAGCUUUUCUGAGCAACGCAGGGAUACCAAAGUCCCCUCGGACCUACGCAAGGCAGUCCUGGCCAGUCCUCGCAGGGAGACUCUGCUCUAAACCACCGCUAAAAGCCCAGCCCUGGAGUCUCAUGCACGCCAUUCCCCCUCCAUGGUCAACCUGCAUUCCAUGUUUGAGAGGAAGUACCACACAUUCAGUCGAUCGACGACCCACCUUAUAUGAGAUCCG